CAGUUGGUGUAAGCGAGUGUAGGUAGGCGGACGGUGCCGGCGGUAUUGUUGUGUGUUCUGGAAAGAGUUUCACGUCUCUCAAUUUUUUUCUCUCUCCUCAUUUGCUGCUGCUUCGUCGCCGCGACAUAAUCCAUCAUCAUGAAUGUGGAUUGCUUUUACUGUCUUCGGUACUUCCUGAUGUUCAUCAUCUUCCUGAAUAUGAUUUUGGGUCUGACGAUGCUAACGGGCUCACUGUGGGCGUUCCUGCACGGCGCCCGCAUGGGGAACGUGUUCGCGGACACGGAGGGCUUCAACUACGUCCUGUACUUCUUGAUGGCCCUCGGAGCCGUCAAAUUUCUCCUGGGAUUCCUCGGCUGCUGUUCUGUCAACAAGAAGAAUUCCAGAAUGCUCGCUACAUUCUUCGCCCUGAUGCUGACCGUGUUUCUGGGUCAGAUCGCUGCCGGCGUCUGGCUCUACAUCGACGAGGACCAAGUCACGGAUCGCGCUAAGGACUCGUUAGCCAAAUUUAUUGAGAUCGACUACGGGACGCCGGAGUAUUUGCGCAAAACCACUGCUCUGGAUUUCAUGCAGUCGAAGUUCAAGUGCUGUGGCUCGAACGGUCCCAACGACUGGCAAGUUUCUGCUUUCAACGGAGGGAAUGGUACCCUUGGUGGAGAGGAGUACCUCGUCCCAGCGUCUUGUUGCAUCAGCAACGAAACUGAUGUGUGCGAGGUGGCGCGCCGUGUACCCACAGUCAUUCUCGAAGGCUCUGUCUACCAGGAGGGUUGUGUCCAAAUGCUUCUGCAACAGAUCUUCGACUACGGAGCCAUCAUAUGGGGCGUGAUCGGAGGCGUUAUAUUGAUCGAGCUCUUUGUGAUGACUAGUACCAUCAUACUCUGCAGGAGCAAGAACGUGCGCUACAAACUCUAAAUAAAAUAAUAAUAAUUUUUAAAAAAGCGAAUUCACUCGAGAGAGUGAGACAACGGAAUCUCUUGUAAGCCAUAAUGCAUUUAAAAGGUCCAAGAUUUGUCAGCUGUACUUUUUUUCUAUAGUAAGGAGAGAGUGAAUGAAUGUUUUUGUACUGUGGAUCUUAGCGAACUGAUUUAUUUUUAAUCUUUUAGGGCAGCUCCUUUUUUUUCAUUUUAUUUUUAGGUGGUUUGUGCAGGAGUGGAA